AUGAAUAUGCCUCUCAUGCAGUGGAUUCCUAUGCCUCGCAAACCAACUGCACGAGAAGCAAUCACGACAUUUCUUCUUCUGCUGCCGUUGGUAGCCUCUCUGUUGUAUCGCCUCUACGCAAAGAUUCGAAGACGAGAUGGCCGUUCAAUGGGCCUUCAGAUCCUCUCUGAUGAAUCUGAUGAUGGUCCUGUCAAGUAUGAGAUCAUUGCUGUACAUGGUCUUGGGGCUAGCCCUGAGCACACUUGGACAUGCAAACCCAGUUCACAGUACAAAACUAGUGAUAAUCAGCACUCUGUUCAUUUGCUUAAAGAUUUGCUCAUGAAAGAUGAGAGAUUUUCAGACGCGCGAAUUCUUCAUUUUGCGUACAAUUCAGACUGGCUUGUUGACGCUUGCUUUGAAUCGGCGCGUGACAUUGGACUUCGCCUCAUAGAAUCCCUUACUGAGCACAGAAAAACUCAUCCUCGUCUACCCCUAAUUUUUGUAGGACAUAGCUUUGGUGGAAUAGUCAUCAAGGAGGCACUAUCUAGCGAUCCGGAGGAUUCCCAGAGAAUCUUGGAGGACACGUGCGGUAUCAUCUUCUUGGGAACGCCUCAUUUAGGCAGCCCGGUUGCCGGUUUUGGAGCCACCCUUGCCUACUUGACUGGCUUCCUAGGUUCAAACACUGGUUUACUACUCUUACUCAGAAGCAAUGGAGAGAUGCUUGUGAAUCUAAGUAAAGCUUUCCAAGCUUGUGUUAGAGAAAAGAAAGAAAAGAAGGGUAGAGAAACCCAGAUUGUUACAAUCUGCGAAAAAAAGCCAACAUACCUUCUGAAUUGGCUUUACGCUGGUAAAAUUGUCCCGUGGGAGUCAGCCACUUUUGGUGCAAACUUUGCCGACGUUUUUGAAGUCGAUACAGAUCACACUGGCUUGAAUAAGUGCGUUAGCUUGAAGGAUCCUUUAUACAAAGAGCUCACAGUACAGUUGCAUCGGAUACAACCUACAACACCACCUAAGAUUAAUACGCUUCAACAAGCUGUCCUCGACCGUUUAAUAUCCGUUACCGCUGCCGAUGCAGAGUUUCACCCUGGGCUCGACGAAUACGGAAGAGGCCAUUCAGAAUGUCUCCCUCAAACGAGAGAAGAGAUAUUAAAAGAUAUUUUCGACUGGCUUGAUGACAGUAGUUCGUCGCAAAAGUAUCUCUACUGGCUUCAAGGCAAAGCCGGCACGGGGAAAUCUACCAUUGCACGCACCAUUGCCAGCAGGGUGGCUGGACAGAACCGCAUCGCUGCCAACUUCUUUUUCAAAAGAGGCGAAGGCGAUCGAGCUAAACUCAAGCGAUUUUUUACGACUUUAGCCGCUCAGCUUGUGAGGCAAUGGCCCAGCUUCGCCAAAGCUGUCCAAGACGCAUUGGAGUCAGAUCCUUCGCUUCCAGAACAAGACCCAAGGAUUCAAUUCAAGAAAUUUAUUCAGGAACCUUUGCGGAAGCAAGAACGCAACAAGUCUAAAGUUAUAAUCAUUAUCGUUGACGCUCACGACGAAUGUGAUUCGAGCGAAGAUCUAACUGGCCUGGUUCAGCAGCUCACGCAAUCCCAAGAUGGCUACUCUACUCAACUUCCAGUCAAAUGUUUUCUGACUAGCCGCUUUGAUCAUCACUCGCAAUCUAGUUUUAAUCAUAUCUCUGAGGAGAGAUGCGAGAUGAAAGAGCUUGAAAAAUCCACAUCAGCGACUAUCAAGCAAGACAUUGAACGUUAUUUGCGGGUUGAGUUGGAAAAGAUCGAUGGCCUCUUAGACCCGCUUCCAGGGGGUGAUCUAUGGUCCAAUCCCUCUGACGUGGAAAAUCUCGAGAAACUUACAGAGCGAGCCUGUCCGCUAUUUGAAUUCGCUGCCUUCUCUACUCGUUUUAUUAAACAAACAAAAAUGCCGGGAGGGCCUCGAGGUCGCCUUCGUCACAUAUUGGAAACUAAAAUUUCUGGUGACCUGCACAAGUUAUAUGGCUCCAUCAUAGAGCGAAGAUUCUAUGACCUCGAUGAUCAAUGCUACGGGGAAGCAGAAGCAUAUUUUCAAAAGAUUAUUGGCUCGGUCAUUUUGUUAGCGAAUGCCGUAACAGUCAGAUGCCUAGCCGAGCUUCUCAAGCUGCCUGAGACAGAGAUUCGCGAAGAACUACAGCUUUUUGAGUCAGUUCUUGUAGUUCCAGCAGAACAAGACAUUCAGUCACCGAUCACAUUGUUUCAUGAGUCAUUCAGAGAUUUUCUCGCCGGGCCUGGAACCAAAAAGAAGUUGAUAAUUAAUCCUAUAGGAAUCCAUACCCUGUUGGCAUCUCGCUGCCACCAGCUUCUAUGUGGUGCCCUGCGGGAAAACAUGUGCAAAUUGAAAACACCUGGAACGCAUCGAAACGAGGUUGCAGUGGAAAAAGUCAAUGAAUGCUUAUCGCAAGGGGUACAAUACGCUUGCCGAUUUUGGCUUUUUCACGUCAAAAGGAGUCAAUCAAGUGUCAAAGACGGCGAUGAUUGGCAUUCCUUCUUACUCUCCCAUCUCCUCCACUGGCUUGAAGCAAUGAGUUUGCUGGGACGAACUUCAGAAAUCGCGUCGCUGAUCAAAGAGCUGAAAGAUGUCGUACAUCCCUCCGAUGGAGUACAAGUCAAAGCAUUUCUACAAGAUGCCGAGCGACUUAUUCUGUCUUUCCGACACGUCAUUGACGCUGCGCCAUUGCAGCUCUACAGCUCCGUUCUAACAUUUGCUCCGGCUAAGAGCCUUGUUCGAGAAAGAUUCGACGCAUCUCGCGCCAAAUGGAUCUCUCGCAUACCAAAUAUUGAUUCCCAGUGGAGUUCGUGUUUACAAACACUUGAAGGCCACGUCAAGAAUAUUCAAUGCGUCAGUUUUUCCUCUGAUGGUAUUCUAGCGUCCACAGAUACGGACGGCAUAGUCAAAGUGUGGGAUUCUAUAUCUGGUACUUGCCUGCAGACUUUCUCUAUGGAUGGCCAACGGGAACGUCGGAUCAUAGCCAUGGCGUUUUCUAAGGCCGGCAAGCUUGCUUGCAUGGCAGUUGGAUGCAUCUCGGUGUGGGACAUACGUCGAGAUGUUUGUUUGCAAACCUUGGAUUUGACGCAACACGUUCCGCUACAUGAGCGGUUUUACACGGGUUCAGUGGUCUUUCAGGAUGAGCAAAGACUUCUUCUGACGGGCACUGGACUACGUAACAUUCUCAAAUUAGAACUGGGACGUGGAUGCGAGGAAGAAACCAAUCUUCCAUUUCACAGCGUGCCAACAAUCCUGUCGCCUGACGGUCAAUGGGUCGCAUAUGCAAUUGAAGGCGAAAUCAGGAUUCUUGACAUGAAAUCUAAAACAACUCGUUCGCCUAAAACGUUGAAAGGAGCCACAUCUGACUCAUCUGGUUUGAACGCGUGUUUCUCACAAGAUAAUCGGUAUUUUGCAUCUAUGAAGGGGGGCCCUGCAUUUGGGAUGAGUCCCACAGAGGCCAAGAUCUGGGACGUUUCAUCGACUAUAUGUUUGCAGGUAUUCAGUGAAGUCAAUGGAAUAUCUGCAUUGGCAUUCUCACAAGAUAGUCAUCUGCUUGGAAUAGCAACACAUGGGGAUAGAAAAAUAAGCAUCUGGGAUUGGAAAAAACACUUUCGUCUUCAAGCAUUUACAGGACAUCAGGAUGGUGCCGAUUGCUUAUCAUUCUCACCAGACGGAGCAUGGCUUGCUUCAGCCUCUUCUGACCGCAUCGUUAAAAUAUGGGACGCUCAACUAAAAGAUUACGAGGAGAAAAUCGCAUCCUUUUUCAGCACCAGACAUAACUUGAUAUUUAAGGGUGGCCAACGACUCGCUAUGAUUUCUACUGGAACAUCUCGAAUCCAGUUGCUGGACGAUUCUGGAAACAAAUGCAUUACACAACCUUUUAAAAAGGCCUACAGUAAAAUAGCAAUCUCUGCGAACGGAAGCAUUUUUGCAGCAGUUUCAGAUGAUCGAAAGCGUAUUGAAAUAUGGGACGCAGAGUCGGAGAAAUUUUUACCUUCGUGCAAUUUGCCUCUCGAUCCCAAUCAUCCAUCCAUAUGCUCUAUCGCCCUCUCGGCAAAUGGUCAAAGAUUCAUAAUAGGCCUAACAACUUUGAGAGUUGAGGUUUGGGAGUCUCGUACAGGCCGACUGUUGAAAGAGUUGCAGCAGGAACAGAUAUACCGGUGUCUCCCUACUGACGUAGCUAUAUCUUCUGAUGGUGAACAAUUUGCUUGGACAGGCCAUGACGAUGAUUAUAGCAUGCGUUUUUAUACGGAGAAGCUGCAUUUGACUCUUCCUGACGAAUUUUAUUUCAUCCCGACUCCAGAGUUAGCCUUCUCCCCAAAUGGAAAGCGGCUUGCAGCUGUUCGUUCUUGGCGAGGGGCGUUUUGGGAUGUGGCAACAGGUGCCUGUUUGAGGACGUUCAAUCAAGCAUAUCCGCCGAGUUGGUCACUGGACACAAGCUUCAUUAACUUUGAUUUCACCAUGGGCGUCGAAUUACCGGAGUCCAAAAACUGGAAGGACUGUUUAACUAAGUAUCACAUCAGUCCCGACGGCGCCUGGAUCAUGAGGAAUCGUGAGAAGCUGCUAUGGAUAUUGCCGGAAUAUCGGCCAAAACAGGUGUUUGCUUUUGGAUCCAAACUUGUAAUUGGGCGUGCAUCAGGACUCCCAUUUGCCAUAAAGAUUUCAGACGAGGACCUUUGA